GCAUUCGAGGUUCAUAGUACCCCCGCCCUGCCUGCCGCAAUUCUUGUGGGCCUGCCUGGCUACACGUGCAGGUUCUUCCUGCCCGGUGGUUCGUAUCCUUCCUGGGGGCGGUCCGAUGCCAUUCAGCUGACAGAAGCCCGGUUCUUGGAUGGCGAGUCUCUCCCUCUGAGUGGCGUCCCCACGCGGUACAGACGGGGUGGCGGCGCUUGCAUCUACGCGUGCAGCACCUGCAACGGAACAGACCUCACUGGCGCAGUAGCCAGCAACCCCUGCCUCAACGACGGCGUUAACGUCGAUUACUCAACGACAAGGAACAUGCAGCUUGGAGCCUACAUACAGUAUGACGGCGUGAGCUGGGCAACGCUGCCGCGUUAUGUCAGGCUGGGCAGGGGCGAGGUCGAAAAUUGGCGGUGGCCAAGACCAGUGACCGUGUCCGUGGCGGGCGCUGGCGCAUUCACGGACUGUGCCGCGCUCGCAGUCCCAUCGGCCGUUGCAGCCUACGCAUUCUACGUGGCGGGCAUCGGGGGCACGGCGUGCUCGGAUCUGGCGACAUUGGGCAUCCCCGCGCCAACGCCGACCCCAGUCCCGGCCGCGUCCGUGUCGGCGACCGCGGACCCGCAUUUGGUCAAUGUGUUGGGUCAGCGUUUCGACAUCCUCCAGCCAGGGGUGCACGCGCUGCUUGCGAUACCCCGCUCGCUGGGCGUUGGCGGCAAGUGCGCCGACAUGUACUUCCAGACGUUGAACAUGACUGGCUGGCGGGUAGCUUGGGGCCGCACGAAUGAGGACAUCAAGUCUAUCAAUUUCCUGGUGCGGCACCUGCGGCGCACCACGCACAACACCGGAGCGGCGCGGCGGGCCGGGGUCGAGCGGAUCGGGGCGAUCGGGCGGCUCGGGCGGGCGCGCCCGCCGGGCGAGCGGGGCGCGCCGCCCGCCGUGGCGGAGGGCGGCGGGGCGCGGAGCGCGGCGGCCUGGCCCUGGGGGCCGGCCUGCGAGGCGGGCGUGCAGAGCGAGUGCCCGCCCGCUCGCUCGCCUCGCUGCGGCCGGGCG